AUGUCUCCACACCAUUUCACCUUACUGUCAGAUGAUAUUUUGCAAGAAAUUUUCAGGUUUCUUAUCGGAGAUUUCCAUUCCAAAACAAAAACCAUAGGAUGGUGGAAGAAUUUUAUUCAAAACAACAAUGAAAACUUGACAAUUCCAAGUCUUGACAAUUUAUUGGUCAUGAAGAAUUUGGUAAAUUGUUGUGGUAUUAGAUUUCAAGGUUACGCCACAUUUUGGAGAAAUGCUCUCUUUGCUGCCGAUAAACAACUUCACAUCUUAUUGAAUGGAUAUAAUCAAAAGAGUAUGGAUCAUGUACAUGAUGGAGAUUUAGUUGGAUAUGAGAAGAAUAUGAUGGUUAGAGUUGGUAAAUUGGUUUUAUGGAAAGAGAUUGGAAUUGAAAGAUCUUUAAAAGAGCUGAUUGGAAAGGAUGAAUUAUUUGAUUAUCCAGAAAUCGAUCAAGUAUUGAAUGAAACUCUUGUUGAUUUAGAAGAAUUUAUUGAACAAAAGUUCAAUUUCUUGAAUUGUGUUGAUCAAGAUGAAGAUGAUUUAUUUACAAAGUGGUUAGUGAAGAGUUAUCAAUUACUUGUGAAUUCAACAAAAAAUAUCGAUCAAGCUUGUGAUUUUGUGUUGAAAAUAGGUCUAAAUGGACAUGAAUCAAAUGUUAGUCAUGUAAAUGAGGAUAUUCUAAUUCUGGAUAUUUCAUUCAAUGAAAUGCAAGAAUUGAACACUGUAUUUCCUAAUGUAAGAUUGCUAAUUCUCAGAUCAGAGGUUCAAUUUAUGGAUGAUGUAAUAGACGUAAAAUUGUUGGAUCAUGUGAAUAGGACCUACUUUCCAAAGUUGGAACAUUUAGAGUUACUGAACUUUCCAUUCUUCUCAGUUGAGAAAAUUGUCAAUUCUGGUAUAAUACAUGGAUUGGAUUCGUUGAGAUUGGAUUUGUCUGAUGACAAUUAUUUGGAAGAUGGAAGUGCAGACUUAUCAUCAUUACUUAAACAAAUUCCAAAGAAAUCAUUAAUAGUUGACUUUUGUGAUAUUCCUGAACCUCAACCUGUUAUUCAAUUCUAUUCAUUAUCUUCUAAACACAAAAUCUAUACCUCAAUUUCAUCUAAAAUGGUUGAUAGAAGAUAUAAAAGAAGAUGGUAA